AUGCCGAUCACUGUCAAGAUAAAGCAGGUCACCGGCGGAGACACACUGGAGGUGGAGACUGAGCCCGAGGUGACCAUUGGCGAGCUCAAGGAGAAGGUUGGGGAGAAGCUGGAUGCCGAGGCGACCGCGAUCAAGCUGAUUUACCGAGGCCAAAUCCUCAAGGAUGCGCAGACGGUCGAGUCUUAUGGUGUGCAGGGUUGGAGGGGUGUGCACAGUUCCAAGGCCAGG